CCCCCGAGGUUCGUCUGAGCACGUGGUCUGCACCGCUCAUCAUGACAAGUGAGGUAUCAAAGCUCUGUGUGGGCUAUGUCAUCAGCAAGGAGCUGCUGUGUCAGGCUGACAGGAUUCAAAACAUGCAACUAAGGGCGUCCAUGGUGCACCAGCUGCUGUGCGCGUACCGGCUCACUGAGCUGAUGACUGUGAUCGAGCCGCGACUGGCGGACGUGGACGACCUGCAGAACUUCCACUCGGGCGACUACGUUGACUACCUGGAAUCGGUCAAUGGCAGCAAGGACCUCGAGAAACACAGCGACGACCAGCUCGACGAGUACGGGCUUGGGUUCGACUGUCCGCUGGUGUCCGGCAUCCUGGACCUGGCACGGACCGUGGCCGGCGCCUCGCUGAGCGCUGCGCGCGCCCUUUGCGAGCGGCGCUUCGACGUGGCCAUCAACUGGUGCGGCGGCUGGCACCAUGCGCAGAGGGACGGCGCCAGCGGGUUCUGCUAUGUGAAUGACGCCGUGCUGGCCAUCGGAGAGCUGCGCUCCACCUUCGACCGCGUGCUCUACGUCGACCUCGACAUCCACCACGGUGACGGGGUUGAAAACGCUUUCCUGUACUCGUCCAAGGUGUUCACCUACUCCAUCCAUCAUUAUGAAGAUGGAUACUUCCCUGGAACAGGGAGCAUCGACGACGUGGGCUGCGGCCGUGGACGGUACUUUUGCUGCAAUGUUCCGCUGAAAGAGGGCGCCAACGACGACACUUUCUUUAAGGCGUUUGACAGCACCAUCUCGCCGGUGCUGGCCGCGUUCCGUCCGGACGCCGUGGUGUGUCAGUGCGGCGCUGACGGGCUGGCCGGAGACCCUCUGGGCACGUUCAGCCUGACGCCGGCCGGUCUGGCGCGCUGCGUGCGCCGCGUGCUGGCCGCCGGACGGCCCACCCUGCUGCUGGGCGGCGGCGGGUACAGCGCGGCUAACGUGGCGCGCUGCUGGGCCCAGCUGACCGCGCUGGUGCUCGGCCGGCGGCUGACGCCAGACAUACCCGACCAUCCGUUUUUCAUGCGCUACGGCCCCAGCUUUGACCUGGAGCUCAGUGCGGGCCUCAGGAAGGACCACAACACCCCGGCGUAUGUUCAGGAGAUCGUCGAGCAAGUGCAAGAGAACAUGAAGUGCGUGGACGAAUACCUGCACCAGUGACGAAGCCCGGAACGGUGCAGUCUUCCGGUGCUCACUGGUUCUCUCCGACCAACUGAGCACAGUGUAGAUUAGCUAGCUCCAUGACUGUGAUAUGAAUCGUCAUCUAUGCAUCGUCACCUAGAUCAUGACAUCAAGAUCGACUACUGCAAGUUGAGGAAUUCGGGACGCUGGCGCCCCAGGUUCCAUUUCAUCCAUAUUUACUGUGAGUUGUGACCGAUAAUGAAAUAUUUUGAGAAUGAAGAGAAGGCAGCGACGGGCUGCCCCGCCCUUUCAGUGUCAUCGUGCCUUUCAUUGUUAUGAACAAGGCUGCAUUCAAGUGUUGGUGAUUGGUGUUUGGUAAUGUGCUUGUUGUUAUUUUUGCUUUCGUAGUCUUCCAAGUGAACCGCGACGGCGACUCUAGUCCGUUUAUACUAGCGUAAGUAGCGAUUUGAUAAGCCAUGCAUUCCUGUUCUCAAACUGGUUAAAAAUCACCUGUGCAUGCAAUAAACAUGUUAAGUUAA